AUGUCUGCGUCCUUUUUCUCAUGGCUGCGCUCGCCCGCCGCGCGCGACUACUUCAUGUCCACGCACUUCUGGGGCCCUGUGGCCAACUGGGGUCUGCCGCUCGCUGCUAUUGCGGACUUGAAGAAGGAUGAGACUAUGAUCUCGUCGACAAUGACGCCUACCCUCUUUAUGUAUUCGUGCGUGUUUAUGCGCUUCGCUUUGCGUGUGCAACCGCGCAACAUGCUCCUGUUUGCGUGUCAUUUGACCAAUGCCACGGCGCAGGGUGUUCAGAUUGUUCGUCUGGUGCGCUACAAGUACGGUCACAAAGAUACGGCAGCGGUGACGAGCAGCCCGGAUGUGACUGCUGCGCAGAAGGAAAAGCAACAGGCUGCAUAA